AUGACAAAGAAUAAGUCGACACAUGCGAGAAAGGACAGAACGUCACCAAGGCAGCCGCCUCCGCCGCCACACCAGAAGGUGAUUAACUUUAUAGCGGGGGGAUCAGAGGUGUCGGGCACAACAUAUUCUCAGGCAAAACGUGUAGCAAGGGAAACUGGUGUGAGGGUAUCAAAGGCAGAUGUUCUGGACUACAGCAUUCCAACGCUGACUUUUAAUGAGUUUGACAGGAAACAUGUCUCAGAACCUCAACAUGACAGCCUUGUAAUCUCCUUACCGGUGGGAAAUUAUAUCAUAAAACGCAUCCUGGUUGACAAUGGGAGUGCGGCGAACAUCAUGAUGCUGAGUACACUACAACAGAUGGGAUUGGCUGAAACCGACAUGAUCAAGAAGACGACAACACUGGUCGGCUUUAGUGGAGAAAGGAAAAGGACUGUCGGAGAAAUCACCUUGCCAACAUAUGCUCAGGGAUUGAACUUGCUGACGAAGUACGUGAUCAUUGACGGAGACCCUACAUACAACAUCAGUAUGGGAAGACCAUGGAUUCACGACCUGAAAGCAGUACCAUCUACAUACCAUCAGGUCCUCAAAUUCCCGACGCCGUGGGGGGUACAGCAGAUCGUAGGUGACCAAAGCGUCGCUAGGGAUUGCUAUAAAAAAAGCAUGAAGCCGAUAGUUCAACAUGAAGCCAAGGAGACGCCUCAGGUCACCAUGACAGGCCCCGAGCAAUUGGCAGAAGUCGACUUGACAGGUGAUGACAAGAAAGUCCUGAUUGGUGAAGACUUGACAGGUACAUUGGAGGCAAACCUGGUGGAGUUCUUGACAACUAGGCUGGACGCCUUUGCUUGGGGGCAUGAAGACAUCACGGGCAUUAGCCCUGAAGUAAUUACACACAAGCUGAAUGUCGACUCAUCUUUUACACCCGUCCAAUUGAAAAGAAGGAAGUUCGCUGCUGAGAGAAACAAAAUCAUCAACGACGAAGUAAACCGACUAUUAAAAGCCGGGAUGAACAAGGAGGUCGAUUACCCGGAAUGGCUUGCCAAUGUCGUCAUUGUUCAAAAGAAAAACGGGAAAUGA